GCGAGCGAUCGUCUUUACUGGAAGAAGACGCCGCCGCCGCCGCCUCCGCUCAGGCAGUCACUCCGUGAGACUUCUUGCUUGGUGGCGGCGACGCCACCGGAACGGGUCGCCGGUGAGCACAAGUUCAAACGGACUCGAGCGGCAGUUUCCGGUAUCGGUGCGGGGCAGGCGAAGAGGCGAGCCGCCGCCGCAGCAGCAACAGGGCGCCCGAGGCAAGCCGGCCAGCGAGAUGUCCGUCUCGGCUCCAUCCUGGAGCCUCCAAGGGGAAAAGCGCGACGGCAGAACCGCGACGCCGAGCCGCACGGCCGGCAGAGGAUGCCAGUGGUGACGAGGCGGCGGAGUGCAACUCCUACCCCCGUACCGAGAGGAUGUAGCGUCGCCGUCGUGGCUCCUCCGACUAACGUCCGUAGAAUAGUGCAUAGAUAGUGAAGCUAGCUAACAUUUUAGGGUGGAAAGUUGCUCGCGGAGGGAGGAACUGGAAACGAAGCCGUUUUGCGAGUCAAGAUGCUACGAAGACGCCUCAACCGACUGUUUAAAGGCGAAGAAAGAAGAGUAGACAGUAGGACAAUCUACAUUGGGCAUCAGCCAGGUUCUGCCAGCGAGCCUUUCAUCCCGCCAAAGUUUUGUGACAACAGAAUUGUGUCGUCCAAGUAUACCGUGUGGAACUUUUUACCAAAGAACCUGUUUGAACAGUUCAGAAGAAUUGCCAAUUUCUACUUCCUUAUCAUCUUCUUGGUGCAGGUGAUAGUGGACACCCCCACCAGCCCAGUCACCAGUGGCCUACCUUUAUGUUUUGUGAUUACAGUGACAGCGAUCAAGCAGGGCUAUGAGGACUGGCUACGACACAAGGCUGACAAUGAGGUGAACAAGUACCCCGUGACAGUGCUCGAAAAAGGUCACAGGCUACGGAAGGAGAGUGAGAAAAUCAAGGUGGGAGAUAUUUUAGAGGUGGAAGAAGAUGAGACCUUUCCCUGUGAUUUAAUCCUGCUCAGAUCCAGCAGGGAUGACGACAGUUGUUUCGUUACCACUGCUAGUCUGGAUGGAGAGUCCAACCAUAAAACGCACUACACUGUUCCAGACAUAGAGAAGAAUCUGGAAUCCCUCAGUGCCACUUUGGAGUGUGAACAGCCUCAGCCUGACCUUUAUAAGUUUGUGGGCCGUAUGCACAUCUACAAAAGCAAUCAAGAGCCUGUAGUGAGGUCUUUGGGCCCGGAGAAUUUGCUGCUAAAAGGGGCAACUUUAAAGAAUACUCAGAAGAUCUCCGGUGUCGCUAUUUACACUGGCAUGGAGACCAAAAUGGCUCUCAAUUAUCAGGGCAAGUCUCAGAAACGCUCUGCUGUGGAGAAGUCCAUCAAUGCCUUCCUUUUGGUGUACCUUUGCAUUUUGGUGAGCAAGGCCCUGGUCUGCACGACCCUCAAGUACGUGUGGCAGAGCAAGCUCGGGCAGGAUGAGCCUUGGUACAACGAGAAAACCCAGAAAGAGAGGGACACCAAUCUGUAUCUAAAGAUGUUCACUGACUUCCUGUCGUUCAUGGUGCUCUUCAACUUCAUUAUUCCCGUGUCUAUGUACGUGACGGUCGAGAUGCAAAAGUUUUUGGGAUCCUUUUUCAUCACCUGGGACAAGGACUUUAUUGACCCUGAAAUCAAGGAGGGGGCACUUGUCAACACCUCCGAUCUCAAUGAGGAACUCGGCCAGGUGGAGUAUGUCUUCACAGAUAAGACGGGUACCCUCACCCAGAAUAACAUGGAGUUCAUCGAGUGCUGCAUCGACGGGUUCCAGUACAAGCAUCGGGACGCAAACUCAGAGUUAGAUGGAUUUUCUGUCGCAGAUGGCCCCGUGAGCAGAGUGAAGGAAAAAGCUGGCAAGGACCGUGAGGAGCUGUUUCUGCGCGCCCUUUGUCUGUGCCACACGGUUCAGGUGAAGGAGUCGCCCGAGCCGAAUCAGGGCCAGGACGGCAGGAUGGCCGAGCAGGUGGAUUCCCUCGGAGUGGACGGUAUCGUGCUCCGUGUCCCGCUGGACGAGAGAGGCUUCAUAGCGUCCUCCCCCGAUGAAGUCGCCUUGGUCAAGGGAGCCAUGAGGUAUGGCUUCACUUUUCUGGGUCUGGAAAGUAAAGCCAUGAAAAUCCUCAACAGGAGCCAUGAAGUUGAAGUUUAUGAACUGCUUCAUGUGCUGAAUUUUGACCCAGUGAGAAGACGGAUGAGCGUAAUUGUCAAAUGCAAGUCAGGUGAUAUUGUGCUCUUCUGCAAGGGAGCGGACUCCUCAAUUUUCCCUCGCGUCCGGCAGGAAGAAAUUGGACCGAUACGUGUGCACGUAGAACGGAAUGCAAAAGAGGGAUACAGAACCCUGUGUGUGGCUUACAAACUGCUCGGCACGGAGGAGUAUGCCCAGGCAGAUGCACGCCUGAGGGAAGCCAGGCUGGCUCUGCAGGACCGAGAGGAGAAACUCAUGGCUGUUUAUAACGAGGUGGAGACUGGCAUGAGCCUCAUCGGUGCGACUGCAGUUGAAGAUCGACUUCAAGAAGAGGCUGCCGAAACAAUGGAGGCUCUGCAGGGGGCCGGUAUUAAGAUCUGGGUCCUGACGGGGGACAAAAUGGAGACCGCGAAGUCCACCUGUUUCGCCUGUCGCCUGUUCCAGAGGUCCACCGAGCUGUUGGAGCUAACGUUGCGCACGCUCGAAGCAAGCGGUCGGAAGCGCGAGGAACGACUGCACGAGCUCUUACUCGAGUACCACAAGAAAGCAGUGCAAGACGCGCCAUCCUUAGAAAACAGUGUCGGCAGGAAUUGGUCCAUUACCAACCAUGAAUACGGUUUUAUUAUUGAUGGAGCCACUCUGUCAAUGGUGCUGAAUUCUACCGAUUCCAACUCCAGCCACUACAGGAAUCUCUUCCUGCAAAUUUGCCAAAAUUGCACGGCUGUGCUGUGCUGCCGCAUGGCUCCGUUGCAAAAGGCCCAGAUUGUAAAACUGGUAAAGAACUCGAAAGGUAAUCCGAUUACGCUCUCCAUCGGCGAUGGCGCCAAUGACGUCAGCAUGAUUCUGGAAGCUCAUGUUGGCAUUGGCAUCAAGGGAAAAGAAGGUCGACAAGCAGUCAGGAACAGCGACUACGCCAUCCCCAAACUAAAGCACCUGAAGAAACUCCUGCUGGCCCACGGACAUCUGUACUAUGUACGCAUUGCACACUUGGUGCAGUAUUUCUUUUACAAGAACCUCUGCUUCAUCUUACCUCAGUUUUUGUACCAGUUCUUCUGUGGGCAUUCCCAGCAGCCCCUCUAUGAUGCAGCCUAUCUGACGAUGUACAACAUCUGCUUCACCUCCAUGCCCAUCCUGGCUUACAGCCUCCUGGAGCAACAUAUCAGCAUUCAGGCUCUGCUGAGCAAUGCUCCCCUGUACAGAGAGAUUCGUAAGAAUGCCAUGUUGCGAUGGCAGCCCUUCCUCUACUGGACAUUACUCGGGGUUUUCCAUGGUUUGGUCUUCUUCUUCGGCGUCCGAUUUUUGUUCCGAAACUCGGCCCUGCAGGACGACGGCCAGGUUUAUGGAAACUGGUCCUAUGGCACAAUUGUCUUCACUGUCCUUGUCUUCACUGUCACACUAAAGCUUGCUCUGGACACCCGCCACUGGACUUGGCUCAACCACUUUGUAAUAUGGGGCUCGCUUGCGUUUUACAUGCUUUUCAGCUUCUUCUGGGGAGGAAUCAUUUGGCCGUUCCUGAGGCAGCAGCGUUUGUAUUUUGUGUUUGCCACCAUGUUGAGUUCCGUGUCGGCCUGGCUGGUCAUCAUCGUCCUCAUCGUGCUCAGCCUGCUGCCAGAGAUCCUUCUGGCAGUCGUCCGCAAGGGCUGCUUUUCUCAGCAGAAGAAUCCACUUGAGUCGAAUGCGGGGAGCGUCCCGUCCCCGCGGUCGUCAGCCAGGCCCCUGCUCAUGAGAACCUUUACAGAUGAGUCCAAUACUGUCAUUUAAACAGCUGCCCGACGAUGACCGCCAGUGAGCACCCAGGCUGCAGAUGUGGCACCCAUCUCUUACAAGCAGCUGAGGGAGCGCCAGUGACGGGGACGCACAGCAACGGCGGCGGCAGCAAAAGCGGCCACAUUUCAGGGUUCCGCGCCAAUCAGGUCAGAUGCGUGACCAUCACGGGGGAAGGCAAAACGGCACUUCUGACUUUAAGGGGGAGCAGGAAAAAAAAAAAAAAGAACUCAACUUUCUGUCCUCCUCUGUCCAAUUAUGACAGCCCGAGUCACGCCCACACGCCACCCAUACACGCCCGCAGAGCAGUGCCCUGCGUUAUUUUUUUAACUACUCAGAUGACAAACUUGACUAUUCGUCUUUUUUGGCUACAAAUGAAUGCAUACACAGCUGCCUUGUCCCAAUCUGACCGCUGUGUUUUAACAAGCAGUCAAAACGUUGCCACUCGCACCCGACGCUCGUCUGCAUGGGGAAUAAUAAGAAUUAUUAAUUCAAAUCACUGUCUUUGCGACGCAAUGUUUUCAAGGUGACACGGCCAAUGUUUUGUUUCAUGGUUAUGUUUUUUUCUUUUCCAACAGAGAUAUCACUUUGCUCUUUUUUUUUUUUUUUGGGGGUGAUUUUUCUUUCUUUUUUUGUUUUUCUUUGUCAAUCAAUGGUUUGCAAACUUGUCGCUCAAGUUGAAGAGAUGGCGGAGAGCCGUCCACGCGCUCUAAAAAGUCCAAAACGCGCAUGCGUGUGUUUUAAAAUUAAGGAAUAGAUUAGCGAUUUCAGGGCACUGUGGCAAAGCUCACUGCGUGACCUAAAUAGUCACGCUUCAACUGUUUAAUUUAAAGAGUCCAAUUAAGACGAGAGUAAUAAUAUAUAUGUGGUAUCCUGUACGGAUCUCAGAUGCUGAAAGCCAAAAAAAAAAAAAAAAACUACAUAUGUGACCUAAGAGUGUGUGUUUUUGUGUGCUGUCCACCAAAUUCUGUAACGGGAAGAAAGAUGCCCCAAAUGUAUUUGUGACUACUUGAAUAUGUGUUCUUCAGAGCAUUUACUUGGUAAUCGCAUUAGAUCAGCUUGCCAUGUAAAGUGGUGCCUUGACGUACGACUUUAAUUUGUUCCGAGACCGCGCUCAUAAUUCAAAUUAUCUUUGAAAUGGAUCGAUAUGCCAUUAAUUCCUUGCAGCCUCGCAAAAAAAGUGGAUAAAAACCAUUAUGUAAGAAAUAAUAACUAAUAUUGUGCUUAAAAAAAAGUAAUUAUUAAAUUGAAUGUUUUAAAUAUUUUUGCCACAUUUCUGACUUCAGGUUUAGGCACGUUGCUGUUCUUUCAUGUUGGCGUCUCGUCUCUUCAGUACUAAUAAGUCUUUCUUCACAGAGGAUAAAGAAUAUGCCUGUGAGUUACCUGUCUACAAAUGUGACUCUGAUCCUAUUCGUUAGCCCGUCUAUGGCAUUUCCCCAUUGUGUUGGCAUUAAGCGAAGAACUGGUGAUUCUCUUCAUUUUGACAGUAAACCUUGAUUGAGAGUGGCAUUAAACCGGUGCUGCAUUUUCUGAAGUGAAUUUAGUUGGGUUCACGCUACGAAUCUAAAAUUGUUUGCAGGGCAAAGCAAAAAAAUCGGCCAAACGACAACUCCAAAAACUCACAAGUGGCGUCACUCGUAUCUCAAGGCACUACUGUAAAGUUUGAGGAUUUAAAAAUACAAAUAUAUGGCAGACAUGCUGCUCUUUAAGCUAGAUUUACCCAAAUGUAAAAAAGGUUAGUGUUUGGCUUCGGUCAUGUUACGUUUGUUUUUUUUUUUUUUUUGUCUGAAAUCCUGCUAAGUUCUUUUUGGACCACUCCUGGACCGCAGGUGGAAACGUCAGUCGCGAAAUGUCAACUGUUCGCCGAGGCACACGGACCUCAGUGUGUACUGUGCUGCGUGCUUCCAUAAUGCAUAUGAUACAUUCCAUUCAAUCACGUACAUCUUUUCGAAUACACUAUAUCGAGGCUUUUUUUUUUUUUCAACACAAUUAUAUUGUUACAUAUUUAUUACCAUUUUACUCAUUUUUAAGCCUUGUAUUAUGGAAGGUUAGCCUCUGUUGAUAUUCUUACAAAAAAAAAAAAUGCUUUCAGGCCUGAUUUGUUACCUCCACACGGCAAUGUAAUGGCAACAAAAAAUGAGCCUGCUUUGUUUAAAAAAAAAAAAAGAAGAAAAAAAAUUAAAUCGGGGGGAGCUUAAAGUUUUUAUGGAACGUUAAUAUUUUGCUUGUCUAAACCAGAGAAUAAAUCGCAAGAGUGGAUUGUACUUUUAACUGUUUUCUUUCUUUCCCUAGCCACUAUUUUUUUUUUUUGUAAGAAAAUCAAAAUGUACCAAAAAAAAAAAAAAAACAACCAAGAGGUUAUGGACACCGUACCAUCUCGUGCCCUUUUGGCUCGCUGGCCUCAAACACUCCUAAACCUCGAAGAUGAAUGUACUGAAAUUCUAUUGAAAUCCUGAAGAUUUUUCUGUAAUAAAGACCAUUUGGAAGAAA